UGUCAGGGAGGGUAGCAGGUUACAGUGGGAGGACCCCAGAAGAUGCUGCUGCUUUUGCUCCUACUCGCCUGCCCCCUGCCCUCAGCUUGUGGAAACAACUGCUUCCACUGCUGGCCAGAACUGCCUGCCUUGCUGGAAUAUGACCUGCAAAUCCUCUGGGGCGCCCCAGGGCCACCCGUCGAGUUGUCCCAAAGCCUCCAAUCCAUCUUCCUGACAGUUGACACCUCGGCCAAAAGCUUGUUCCUUGACCGGGAGCAUCUGGAAAAAACAACAGCCAAAUUUUUCCUUCAAUUAGAUGACUCCAUUAAGAGGUUACGAAGCGACAAGGCCUUGCUGCUAGAGGAGCUCAAAAUGUACAAACGCCUGCUGGCCAAGAAACUUAAAGAGAGGUCGGAGGAGCUGGAGCAGAGGGUCUGCAAUGAGUCCUGCGACGUCCACAUACCACUGGAAAUCACAGAAUGUGCCAACUGCAGGACGCACUUCCUCACCUGUGAUGACCACACUCUGUGUCCAGCCCCAGUCAGGCACUGGCAGAACAAGUGGAUCCUGGGCCUCAGCACGAUGCUGCUCCUAGCUGUACCUGCAGGCGGAUGUUAUGCUUUGUGGCUCAGGAAGAAGAAGAAGAAAGAGGAGGCAAAAAAGGAAGGAGAUAACCGUGCGACUCCUGGGAACGAACAGAAGCCACAGCUGCUGUCAAGAAGCUCGGCCAUCUCCACUACCAACACCACUUCCUCCCUUCGUCCCUUCCACCCUGGGAUUCCCAGGACAGUGAGCACCCAGAGUUCCUGA